CUUUGGCUGGCGCGGAGGGAGUGAGCUGGACUGCACUAGCAUCCAUAGGUAGCAGAGCGUGCGCGUGUGGAUUGCACCACCGCAUCCUGUUCAUAGAAGCUUCAAUAAGCUAUCCUCUCUGAAUGACAGCUUUCUGCCACGCUCAAACUCAGCGUUCUCUACCGGCUUACCAAUGCGACUACUAAUUCCACCCCAUCCAGUGAGAACGGUUUGUUUGCUUUGGUAUUAAUUCAGAAGAAGCUGUGACAUCGAUUAUGGCACUGGUAAUGGAACCUAUAAGUAAAUGGAAUCCCAAGCAAGUGCUUGACUGGAUGAAAGGCCUGGACGACUGCCUGCAGCAGUACAUUAAGAACUUCGAGAGGGAGAAGAUCAGUGGUGAGCAGCUUCUUCACAUCACACACCAGGAGCUGGAGGAGCUCGGUGUCACACGCAUAGGCCACCAAGAGCUCAUCCUGGAAGCUGUGGACCUCCUGUGUGCGCUUAACUAUGGGCUUGAAACAGAAAAUCUGCGGACCCUUUCCCAUAAGCUCAGCUCCUCAGCAAAGAACCUACAGAACUUUAUUAUGGGCCGACGCAGGAGUGGCCAUUAUGAUGGGCGUGCCUCGCGGCGCCUACCCAAUGACUUCCUCACCUCAGUGGUCGACCUCAUUGGAGCUGCCAAAAACCUGCUUGCCUGGCUUGACAGGUCCCCUUUUGUCAGUGUGAGUGAAUACUCGUUACUGAAAAACAACAUUGUUCAACUGUGCCUGGAGUUAACCACAAUAGUGCAACUAAGGCAAAGGCCUGACUUCCUCUGUUGCAUGCGUCCGCAGGACUGUACUGUGUAUGAAACCGAGAACAAGAUCCUCCAUGUGUGUAAAACAUUGUCUGGAAUAUGCGACCACAUCAUCUCACUGUCCUCAGACUCACUAGUAUCCCAGUCAGCCCACUUAGAGGUGGUCCACCUGUCCAACAUUAUGCCCAGUGAAGGCCUGGGGAUGUACAUUAAGUCAACCUAUGACGGUCUGCAUGUGAUCACUGGCACAACGGAAAACUCCCCUGCUGACCAGUGUAAAAAGAUCCAUGCUGGGGAUGAGGUCAUCCAGGUCAAUCAUCAGACUGUGGUGGGCUGGCAGCUGAAGAACUUGGUCAAUGCUUUACGUGAAGAUCCCAAUGGUGUCAUUCUCACACUGAAGAAGAGGCCCCAGAAUACUUUGAGUUCCACUCCUGCUCUGUUCAAGAAUGUGCGAUGGAAGCCACUCGCCCUCCAGCCCAUCCCAACAAGUCCUAACGGUGACUCUACCACUCCUACUAGCACGAUGGGUGUGUCUUCCAAAGUGGAUGCACCCCUUGUGCAGGAUCUGUUCAUCCUGUCCCCAGUUUCGGGUUUCUGUGGCAUCAGGGAUGACAUAGGCAUCAUAUCCUGUGACGACAUCAGCAAGUAUAGUGUGGGCAAGUCUGGGCCAAAGUACUCAGAGUCGCUCAGCUACUACCUGGACCAGGACACGGGCAAGUACUACUCUCUGAUAGAGGGGGAAGGGCACCCUACUGGCCUGGAGUAUGAGAGGUUUCGUCCCACGGCGGUACGUAGGAGAGACAAGACCCUGACUCAUGGUGAUCUCAGGCCUGUAUCCAUGCCCCCGGAGUACAGCUGGAUGGCUGAAUGCAAGGAGCCCAGUAUGUACAAGAGGGGCAGCCGAGAUUCAGACACUGCCCUCCUUCGCUACAUGAAUGAUGACAAAAUCCUGGCCAUCCAGGAGGAGCCAGAUGUGCCGCGGGAGUGCAAGCGGGACACCAGCCGCCGGUCGCGCAAGAAGGGCAAGAGUCCGAGCAGCCCCAGCUUUGCCCUCAGCCCCUCUCUGCUACCGUCCACGGUGCGACUGGAGGCGGUGACGCCACCUGACAGCCUACCCUUCCCACUGCCAGAGAACAACACUGUGCCACUUUACCAUCAGCAGAGAAGCGGUGACACGCUGCAGGUGGAGCCAGAGAGGUACCAGGGGUCUGUAAUGGAAAUAGCUGGAGGAACAUCCAUGAGGAAGACAUUCCACUAUACAUCCUUAAGAACAAAAACUAAAAAGAGAGCUAAAGGAGCCGGGAGUGGUGGCAGUCGCAGGAAAAUCUCAUGCAAGGACCUAGGACAUGGGGACUGUGAAGGCUGGCUGUGGAAGAAGAAAGACGCUAAAGGCUACUUCACCCAAAAGUGGAAGAAAUACUGGUUCAUUCUGAAGGAUUCCUCACUCUACUGGUACAUGAACCAAAAUGAUGAGAAGGCCGAGGGCUUCAUCAGCUUGCCUGAGUUCCGAAUUGACAGAGCGAUCGAAUGCAGGCGGAAAUUUGCCUUCAGAGCUUGCCACCCCAAAAUUAAGAGUUUCUUCUUUGCCACUGACUGUUUGGAGGAAAUGAACAGGUGGAUGAACAGGCUGGGGCUGGCGGCGAUUGGUUACACACCUGACGACAAAGUACCACGACCGGAUGAGGAUUACUGGAGCGAAAGUGAUCAGGAUGAUAUUGAUGGCACGCUGAAGCAGGAGGGGCCGUCUUCGCUUGGCGACACCUAUCGUCGGACACCCUCGGUCAACUCAUCCAGCCCGUUCCCCGAGCAUGGCCGCCACUUUUCCAGCGAGUCCACCCACUCGCACUCAUCAGCAGAGGAUGGCGGCGGCGGCGGCGGCGGCGGCGGCAGUGGGAUGGAGGGUGGCUCGGGAAGUGGUCGUUCGUCGGGUUACCGCUCAGGCCACCGAGAGCGCCGCUCCUGGCAGGACCUGAUCGAGACGCCGCUGACCAGCUCGGGCCUGCACUUUCUGCAGACGUCCCCAUCCGAGGCUGACUGGGGCUACGAGGGCGCGCUGUGGGCAGGCGGCCGCGUACCUCUUUCCCCUGAGCGCAGGCGGCAGGCCACCCUGCCGGUGCGCAGGCAUCAUGUGAACCGCGACGGGCCUUUCCCUCUGGUGAGUGGUGAUGACAGAGGGCCACAGGUGCACCGGCGAGCGCACAAGCAGCGAAGCCAGAGUCUGCCCCGUAACCGUGAAGUGCAGGCCAGAAGCCUUCAGGAUUACGGGGAGGAGAGGAGUGAGGAUGAGGGGGCAGGACCUGUCAGACACAGCGAGGCCAGUGAAGAAGCAAGCAAGGCUGUAGACGGACUUGAGGAGCUCUAUCGUGCUCUGGAGCAGGCCAACCUCUCUGCCCUUGGUGACAUCCAACCUGUCACCAAGCAGGAGUUCCGUCGCGCCUUCCUCAACCGCUGUGUUGACCCCAUCAUAAAUGAUAAGCUGCACCACAUCCGAGUCCUCAAUAGCACACUGAAGGCGAAAGAGGGCGAGCUGGUCAUCAUCAAGCAACUGCUGGAGGAUCCGCACCUAACUGCAAAGAAGUUCCGUGAGUGGAAGCAGUGGCACAGUGAGCUUUUUGUGGACAUCUGUGAGUUGAGCUCAGGCAACGACGGGGCCGGAGAGCGCACCCCGCUGGUCGUACCUCUCAUGACGCACACACAUUCCUUCAUUGAAACCCACGUGUGAGGUGAAGCGCUCCGCCACUGCCUCAGGUCCUUCUCCUUCCCUCUUCUGACGCCCCCUUUCUUUUCCCAAUGCCGAACCAACCGACCAACCAACCACUGUAACGUGUAAACAAUUGCCAAGAGAAAGUGGUUAGGUGAGUGAAAGCAGCUCUACAGGGUGACUACUGCACCCCUGAAGAGAAAGUGCUCUUCCUUCCAUUGAACAGCCUAAAACAGAAAGCUCUGAGAAAAGUUUGUUUUACUACUUUUCUGAUUUUUAUUACUUUUGACUAGAUUAGCUUUUCCUUUGAUAAUUUUGUUUUGGUUGCUGGCAUGAUACUGGAAGAAAAGCAGUAGCAAUACACUGGGGGUCAGAGGGUUUCCACCACAACACUGUACUUUUAUAUUCAGGUUUGCACCCAUGAUGCUCAGAUCCUCUAUUCUACCAAUACUAUUCUUACUAUGGGUAUUAGAAAUGCAAACUGGAAAAUGAUAAGGCUGUUGUGAUCAUGCCACACUUUAUAUGGAGUAAUGUACCUAUCAGUCUUUCCAGGCUUUUCACUGGAACUAAUUCCAUGAAGGUGAAACUGAAGGCAACACCUUACAAGAGAAAUACAGACCUUCAUGUUUGCUUAGAGGUAGCCACUGUUUUAAACUGUGAACACUUCUUGUGAAUGCAAUCUUUAGAUUCUGUGUGUACAGGAUCACUUAAGAGAUUUUUUUUGUAGAAAAGCAUAGAAAAUUAUAUUAAAUAUACAGAUAAUAAAAGUACAUUGCUUGAAUGGUUACUUGUUGCUUAAAAGGUGUUGAUGGAAUAUCCCAUUCUGGAAUUGGACUGAUUGACUUUCUAAAGAUCAUGGACUCUGUUCCAGUUAUUCUAAUUUAUUUUGUUUUGCUUGGUUAUAUGGGUUGUUCUUUUAUUCAUAAAUUGUGCUUCAGUUAUACAUAUAUACAAGCACAUUAUUAGGUAAGGUCUGAUACUGUUUAAGUAUGUGAGGAUGCAAAAGAAUGCACUUUUUGUCACUACAUCAAGGGUCACCCUAACAGCUAAAAAUCUGAUGGACAAACAGACAUUGGGUUGUAAAGUUAAAGGAGAUGUGUACAGUCUAUCUGAAAUAUUUCUACAGAUAGUCAGGUAUUAGCAGGACUGUCAUGUCCUGUUAUCCCCCAAAUAAUAGUCAAACUGAAAGAGAAAAAAAAAAUCUACCAGUUAAAAACUAGUUUACUGAGGAUUAUGGUGGAAAGGUAUUUCAAAGCAUGUGUUUGAGAUUGAACCAUAAAGGCAAAUAUUUUACAAAGUAUUCUGAUUGUAAGAAAAUAUAACUUAUGUUUAGCCUGUGAACUGGAUUAUUUACAAAGAGCACAAAAGAUUUUUUCAUUUUUUAUUUUGAUUUUUUUUCACUGAAUACUGAGUUGAGUGAGAAGUGGUGAUACUGAUUCAAUGCAUGUAUACUGAAAUAAAGUCAGUAUCCAAAUAGAUGUUUUACUGGCUAAAAUAAUAAAUAUGGACAUUAAACGAAUAAUGUUUCAGAUGCUGAGCAGUAUUCAUAGGCUUAAAAUGACUGAGUGGAGAGAAAUGAAACCAAAAUAUGUACAUAUCUCCACAUACAUUGCAACAAUGUAAAUGGCAUUAAGUACUCCUGUUGUAAACAUGGUCUUGUUUUCUGUUUUAUGAAUCUUGCUGAUUUAGAAAACACUGCAGACCUUUGUCUGAUGUAGCAUCAAAUGCAGUGUCACAAUAUGAAAUAUUCACUUUUGUUUACUUACUUAAAUUAAAACCCGAGCAGGCCAAGGACUCAUAUAUUUUCUUUGAUUAUCAGUACUGCUAUAAUUGGUAUAGAUUUGAUUUUCUUUUCUGUUAAAUACACUCAAAUGAACCAUACUCCAAUGGGGGAAAAGGUAAUCAAAAUCAGUUCUAUCUGAACAAAUCCAAGGGCAUGCAUUUGCAAAUGGCAUAAACAAAACA